AUGGAGGGUUACGUUGCACGCGAUAUUGAAGAAUCAUAUCGUAUGAACGCAGUACAUAAUGGCAUCGUUAACGCUACACGCGCGACGCCAGGUCAGUUUGGUAUACUUGCGCCGACAACAGUACCUGCACCAGUGGUGGAAGCACAACAAACCGCAGGAAAUUUCAGUGCACAGAUUAGAAGAGACGGAAAUGAAGUCGAGAGAUCCAAUGGUCAAUUAAGCACCAGGAUCGUGGUUGAUCCUCCGAAUCUGGAGGAAUGGAGAGAUAAGUUAUUCAACGUUGAUGAGGCGAUCAUCCUUACGCAUGAAGAGUUUGAGACAUAUUUCCCUCAUGUAGACAACGUCUAUUCUCACCGCUCAACACAGCGUUACAAACACAAACCCUUCAUCUCGCACUACUGGGACUGUCGUAUGAAAGGCCGUCCUCCAGGAACACCAAAGUCUGUUGACCCAAACAAGAAGAAGCGUAAGCGCUCCGCUCGUCAGCUUGAUCUGUGUGACGUGAAGAUCAAGAUCACAGAGCAUUUUCCCAGCGCUUAUUCAGAGCUCGGCGAUAUCAGCCUCUCAGGCGUUGACCUGGCGGGACAGCGCUUUUGGACCAUACAAAGAGUUAAUGGAAACGGAGGCAAUGGUAAAGGUGACGGUGUGGCUGGACCGCACAAGCAUACGCUGCAGAGGAGCGAUGAGAUUAAGAAGAGUAGCGUACAACGGCAUUUGACGAAGCAGGAUGGUUGCGUGAGCAAGGCAAAGGAGAAGGCUAAGGGACAGUCCGACAUGAGGGCAACAGGCGCCGCACUUGGUACGAUCAGGAAGCACGCAAAGGACAACAACUUCAAACUCUAUGCCGCAUGUUUUUGUCCAUUCUCACAACGCGUCUGGAUCGCCCUAGAAGCAAAAGGCAUGUCCUACCAAUAUUGCGAAACGAACCCUUUCCGCAAUGCAGAAGAACCCCUCUUGGCCGACUCCCGCGCAUGUGUACCUACGAUAAAACAUGACGACUGGACAUGCUCAGACAGUACGGCAAUGCUGGAAUAUCUUGAGGAUAUGGGACAGGGAGUGCCGCUUCUUCCUUCAGAUCCUAGAUCAAAGGCCAAAUGUCGCUUGUGGAUAGGUCAUAUAAAUCAUCACAUUGUCCCAAAUUUCCACAAACUAGUGCAGAAUCAAAACCUGGGGUUUGAGCAUGAAGCUGCGGAUCGUUUACAAGGCAGCAUAGACAUCCUAGUUAGAGCUGCUGAUAAAAAGGGGCCUUUCUUUCUCGGGCAGAAUCUCUCCCUCGUCGACAUAUACCUGGCGCCAUUUGCUCUUCGUCUUUCAAGAGUUCUGGUCUCUACACGCGGGUGGUAUUUUCCACCGGCUGAAUCGCGCUGGGCGAAGUGGUUGGACGCCAUUGAAGGAGACAGGAGUGUGAGAGCCACCACCAGUAACCAUGCUCUAUACCAUGAGACGGUUGGUGUAUUGAUGAGACUCGACGUAAUGAGACACGAAUAG